AUGGGCGCCGCCUACCGGCCGGGGCGGGCGGAUUGUUCAGGCUCAGUGGCUACCGAGCCGCUUGUGGAGCGGUCGCCCUGCGUUCCUCGCACUGUGAAUGGUGGUCAGGGCGGCGCGGGAUGCGCGGCCAUGCCGGUACCAGACCGCCAACUCGGCGACGAGUUCGCACCCCCGGAGCCCAAGCGCUGCAGGCACUGCGACGGUAAAGCCAUACAGCCUAUUACUGAGGGUGGGAUUCAUAGACGUCAACUUUAA